UCGAAAACAAACAACAUGGUCCAGACGGUUCUGACCUGGCAGCUACUGCUCCUAACGGUGCUAUCCAGUACCACUCUGGUAUUGGGCCAUACCAAUUUCAAUUUCGAUCCAGAUGCCAAAGGAAACAGCAGCUUUAGUUACAGCAGCCAGCCCCUGAGUCGCUCCAAGCGAGUAGCCAUUUACAAUGGCCAGGGAGUUGUCAAGUUUGUGCCUAGCUUUGCGUAUCCUGUAAAACAAGUCGACAAGGACCAGUCCUUUUGGUGGUUCUUCAACGUUCAGGGCCAGUGGAUCCCAACGACCAUUCCGCUUUACUGGUGGAGUUUCUGGAACACCUCGACGUUCGUUUCCACAGCCCGCGAAUGGCGCAAGGAUAUGCAGACAAAGCUUUCCCAUGACGAGGCCCGAUCGUGGGUCUACACUGCCAUCGAACUUGGCAUGGAGCAAAUUGCUGGCCAAAAUGGUGGAGCAUGCCUGCUAAGGAGCAUUUGUGAAAUCUCUCAAAGACCCUUCCAAAACAGGAAUAUUUUCAGUGAAAUUACAAAUUCAAUUAUGGUGUAAGUAAAUAUUUUUGAGAAAUUCGAACUAAGUAUUUAGAGAACUCUAUUCUACAGACCCACCCACAACGUCGCUGGAAAGUAUCUACAUGCCAGAGAUGCUGGACGGGGAGGAGCCGAUUGCGAAAAGACUUUUCAUGACUGCAGUCCUAUACUUUGGACGCUAAUAACUAACAUGGCCAAAAAUCCAUUUGAUUAUUAAGGAUAAUUAGAAAUAAAAGAAUGUCAGAAACAAUCCCUUUCAAACACUAAAUAUAAAAUUUUACACCGCA